UUGUGACAGAGAACGUGUAUCGAGAAGACAUUUGGAAAACUGUGCGUUAGCUUCACGUCACAAUCAUAUUUUAAUAAAUCAGAAAGCCAAGAAGAUGCUUACAAGAAAUGAAACCCGUCCAUAACAGAAACGCGUUGAGAAAAAAUGACAAGAAGCAAAGUCCAAGAGCAGCACUAAACUAUUUUCUCAAUUGCAUCAACAAGAAAGCUCAUCCUCAGCACAAGAAACCUCAGCCCCUUUCAUAAGGACCAGAUGACAACCAAUACUCUCUAUGCCUGUAAAGCAUUCAUGGUUUUGACCUUCCUCCACCAUCUCCUUGGGCUAAGAGACAUUGAAGAAAUAUAACCAGAUGCUUCCUCAGAAGGAUACAUCGACAUUUUUCUCAGCAGAAGGUGCUCUUCCAGAGUUCCCAGCAGCUUACCUUUGCCAAAGUUAUGCCUUUACAAGCCAAAGAGGUGCUGAGGAAGCAAAUAAGCUUGUUCCCAGUAUUGAGAAGUUGGUGGUUGAUCUGGAUAGUAAUGGACAUUCUGAUUACAAUCAAAUGAUUGGGGCAGCAACUGGACAAAAAAUCAAGCAUGUAAACAAAAUAUGGAAUCAUCCUCAUGCAGACUUGGAGUUGUCGGAAGCGAGGAACAGUAAGCAUUUGGCCAUCUCGGCUAGUGAAACAAUUCGGGACGAAACGUUUGAUAGUGUUCUGCUCUGUGAUUGGGAGGUUCAUAGUGAUGCUGCCUACCUUAGAGAAAUGAAGGUGAAAGAAGCAAGCAACAGUCGACAGAAUGUUCAAAGCAAAGAAUAUGGCCAAGGGCAAGUGAAGUCACGAGGUAAGAAGAAAGAAGAGGGGAUUGACCUCAGGGCUUUGCUCAUCCAGUGUGCACAAGCAAUAGUUGUUAACAACCUUCCAUUUGCUGGUGAGCUACUGAAGAAGAUAAGGCAACAUGCUUCACCGUACGGAGAUAGUUCUCAGAGGCUGGCACUUUACUUUGCGAAUGGUCUUGAGGCACGGCUGGCCGGGACAGGGUUCAAAAUGUACCAGAAACUGAUGGAGAAACGAACAAGGGCCACAGACAUGUUAAAGGCCUACCGCCUUUUUGUUGCAGCAUGCCCUUUUCCCAAGGUAGCAUACUACUUCUCCAACCAAACAAUUGCUGAUGUAUUGAACAGGCGACCAAAGGUGCAUAUCAUUGAUUUUGGCAUCACAAUGGGCUUUCAGUGGCCAUCACUAAUCAAGCGCUUCGCAAAGCGAGAAGGUGGCCCCCCAAAGCUUCGUAUCACGGGCAUAGGUGUGCCCCAGCCAGGUUUCCGCCCCUGUGCAAUGAUUGACGCAACAGGAAAACGGUUGGCUGAGUAUGCAAAAAUGUUCAAUGUACCUUUUCAGUAUCAAGGUAUAGCCUCGAGAUGGGAAAAUAUCUGCAUCGAGGAUCUCAACAUUGAUAAGGAUGAGGUGCUCAUAGUCAACUGUAUGUACCAAACAAAAUAUCUUGGUGAUGAGACAGAAGACAUAGAUAGUGCAAGGGAUAGAGUACUGCGUAUCAUGAAAAAGAUUAAUCCAGAAGUUCUCAUUCUUGGCAUGAUAAAUGGAUUCUACAACUCCCCCUUCUUUCUUCCACGAUUCAGAGAGGUAUUGUUCCAUUACUCUUCAUUGUUUGACAUGUACAAUACUACUGUAGCUGAGAAUGAUGAAGCGAGGAUAUUAAUAGAGAGGGAUCUCCUUGGGACGGAUAUUCUUAAUGUUGUAGCAUGCGAAGGUGCAGAAAGGAUUGAGAGGCCAGAGACUUACAAACAGUGGAAAGCAAGAAGUCUUAAGGCUGGGUUCAAGCAACUUCCUGUUAAUCAAGCAAUCCUGAAGAGAUCAAUAGAUGAAAAGAAGAAGAACUAUCAUGACGACUUUGUCAUCAACGAAGAUAAUGGUUGGCUUGUACAGGGAUGGAAAGGGAGGAUAAUGUAUGCAGUGUCCUCAUGGAAACCAAAAGAAUAGUAUAGUAAUCAGUAUACAAGUCAGCUACACUUGGAAUGACUUUGUGAGGAACUUUAGACAAUCUUUAGCAGAUGCUUUGAGUACUGCAAAUUAUUACUUAUAUUGUUGAAUAUUAGAAAUAACCUUAGAUGAAGGCAUUGUGCGAUCUUGGACUCUUUGGCUUUUGCUUAUCCUGUAAGCUCUCAUUUGAGCUACACACCACCCUACACAAGGUGUUAUAUGAGAUUUAUGAAGGACAUGAUGGGUA